AUGUCCAAUCAACUUGAAUCAUCAGAUUGGUCGUCAUCAGAUAAGAAAUUGUCAGCAAAUUUAGAAAAAAAAAUGAUUACAAUUACAAUUUUUGAAGAUUUAUCAAAUGAAUUACUAUUUAAUAUAUUCGAAUAUUUUGAUGCCUAUCAACUUCAUUCAACUUUCAGACAAUUGAACAAUCGUUUCAAUUCUUUACUUACUAAAGUUCGCGUUCAUUUUGAUCUUGAUCCUAUUCCACUAAAUGAAUUUUUUUCAUUUGUUCUCUCACUCAAUCAUCAUCAAAUUCUAUCUUUUACAUCACGAAAAUUAGAAAAGACACGUUCAUGGCUGUUUGACAAUGAUGAUGUCUUGCAGCAAUUUUCUAAAAUUUCUGCACUUACUCUGUUCGAUGUAACUUAUGGAAUUAUUAAUCGACUGCAUGAACGUCUUCCUAGCUUGAAGAGCACCCUUAUCUAUGUUAAUGUUGCCGGUAUGUGA